GAUGCUCUUGCCUUCCAACGCGCACGGGUCCUUCAACAGUAUUCUUUGUGUGCUAAAACAUAAGACAACGAUAAGCGGUAUUUUUACGACAUCGAGGCUUUGUUGUAAAGGACCGUUUCCACAGCCGCUUUCUUAGCUCUUACUACAUAUUACUGUUAUGCCGCGGCCUACACUUGUAAAUGCAUUGGUGUAAACAUUGGCACCUGUAGAAAUUGUUAGCUGUUACGAUAUUCCCUGGGCACAGUAAAUAAACGGUCGCGACAACAAUUGCUUUAGAAACAGACACCACCACAAUCACAUCCCAGAAUCCAGUGCUUGGCACCAAGGACACGCUGUCGACGCAGGCUAUCAAGCCUAUCGACGGCCGCAACGUCAAAGAGCAUCGUGGCGAACUCAGCCCUAUCGGACAUGUAACGCUUGAAUUAACGCCCUGUAGUGAUGAGGCGGAGGCUCGUGCGCUGGAAGAGGAUGGCUCUAGUGGGUAUGGCAAGCAUUUUCUGCAAGGCCUUUCCGCGCUUGAAGACAGGAUUGCAGAUGCGGUGCGAAGUAGGCGCAUGGAUCAGCUCAAAGAUGGGCUUGCCCAGUACAGAACGUUUGCACGCUCCUUGUCCCGGAGUACCAAUAUUCCUUGUGAAGGUGAACCCGUCCCAUCAUUCCGGCUGACACCACAAGGCGCUGCGCCCGAGAUGCUGACGACUGUAGCCAGAAAGCAGGACAGUGUUGACAUCCUUCAGUUCCUAAUUGACGAGGGCGCGGAGAUUGACGCGGAGACGCUCAGGUGUAUCCUGACAGACACUGACAAGUGGCUCAAAGAGGAGUUAUCAUCGGAGGGAGAGAGGUUCAGCGUGCAACAGUUUGCGCUGCAGUACCUGGCCAGCCACCGCAAUCCCAUUGCCAGCACCAUGGGGUUCAUCCGGGAGCUUGAGAGCACGGCAAGGGCCUUCCUGAAAAACGCAGCCAAAGGGGGUAGGACGGUUCCUGAGCCUACGAAAUUAAGAGUCCUUGAAUACAGAAACCUAUCGAUUCCGUUUUUCAAUCUAUUGGAGCUUCAAGCUUUGUGGGCAACAUCGAGGGGCCAAUCAAUACCUGGCUCGUUGCAAUCUUUGGCUUCGUGCUCCCCGCAAACCAGUACUUUUUCGAUUCUCCUCAAGGCCGCUGGGUGUUCAGGAUCUUCCUGGAGUUGUUCUUCCUGUACAUCUACCACUACGUGCAGCUCAGGACUGGGAUUCACUGGGUUACCGGGCCACUGCUUUCAGGCGACGCAUCCCUGGGCCCGCUGGUCUGGCAGCACGUGGUGCUGGUGCUGUACGUCUUGGGCAUGCUGGUCGACGAGGUGCAGGAGGUGGUGCUCAAGUACCAUGGCAACAUUGGACGGUACUUCCGCAACGGCUUCAACGUCAUCGAGGUGCUGCUGAUGGUCAUGUUGGCGGCAUGCGGCGGGCUCAAGGUGGUCAUAUGGAAGCUGCCUCAGGACCAGACCUACAUGGAAGACCUCAUGAUGAUUGAAGACCUGCUGUAUAAUACCGCAUCCAUCCUGGUGUGGGCUCGCCUGCUGCAGUUCCUCACUCCCUUGUACGACAACAUUGGUGUCAUCUUGAUGCUCGUUAGGCAGAUGAUUUGGGAGGUGUUGAAGUUUGCGCUGCCAGGCCUUGUACUGAUGCUCGGUGUGGCGUUUGCCUUUUACUCCAUUUUCAGGAACCGUUAUACCAGUGGGCUAACAUUUCCCGUGGCCAUCGUUAAGCUCUUCCAAGCCUUUCAGGGCGACUCCGUAUAUGAUCAGAACAUGUUUGAACCUGUGGAGCUAUACCGAGUGUAUGUACGGCAAUGUCCUGUCCGUGCUGUACACACUGGUGGCGUCGGUCGUGAUGGCUAACUUGCUCAUCGCUCUUAUGAGCUACCACUUCAAACCUGAAAAGCAUCAGAAGCGGGCCCGUCUUCAGGUCGCCGAGCAGCUGCUGCACUACGAGUAUAUGGUGCAGCGCUGCCUUCUAGGGGCUCCAUUCUCACUGCCGUUGCUGCUGCUGUCAUGGCUGCCAAGCGGCAAGACAAAAGGCGUUUACCAAGAGGAAUUCAAUCACACCGGCACCAGCGCCCUGCCGUACCUGGUGUACCUGCUGACGGUGUACCCCGUCCUGGUGGUGCUGUCCUGGGCCGCCUACUUCGCCAUGGCGCCCUUCUGCAUCGUCUACUUCACAUUUUGGGGGCACCGUGAAUGGGAGAAACGUGUUACAGCAGAUAAUUUAGCAUGUUUCCUUAUUAGGCGUGCACGGAAGCCAUGUGCUACAUCGGAGCAGCAUAAGGAUGGCCCUCAUCAGCAAUGCCCCAGCAGUCAUACCGGAAGGAGAACACAAGGCGCCCUGGGCGUCGCACUGUACAUCAUUACCCGGCCUUUGUGGCUGGUGGUGGGUACAGUGCUCUGUGUGGCAGGCGGGGGCAUCGCGGAUGCCGUGCUGUUUCGCGGAGUGUAUUCCUGGGCUGUGAUUGCCGUCGGCCAAGUUACGCGUGUCAUCAUGGGCUGGAUAAAGGUUGAUGGGCCUAGCCAGCCUUCUGAGCUUGAUGAUGACGUCGUCCGAAAUUAUCAUCGGUGCUUAAGCAGACAUCGAGCUAGCAUUCAGGGGCAAGCGGAGCCGUAAGGAACUGUUUGAUGUGAAAAAGGACAUGCGGCGCCGGAAGCGAAAUGAAGGCACAGCGAAGACUGCGUUUGGGAUGUCGGAGCUAGUGGAGAUGGUCGCCGAUCUUCAGGAAGCGGCAGCAGAAGAUAGGGUUCGUUUGGAAAGGAUUGAGGUGCUCAUAAAGCAGGAGAUUGCAGGGCUGAAGGCGGCGGUUAGUGAUGCGAAGGGCACUGAUGGGCAGUGGCCAGAUUGCUAGCCGAGAAUGAUUAGUGUCGCGUGCGUCGUGUGAUAAUGAGGUAGACUGCUUGCUUGUGAGGUUCACGGCUGAGUGGACUACGGCUUAUUAUUCCGGCUUAAUUGCUUGUAAAGCCGAGAGAUCAGUAGUACAGUUCACAGAUAUUCAAGAUGCGUUACUAUUAGUUCUUUGCCAUCCUGUAAAGGCAUGACUGCUUUACUGUGCUGCGCGUGCUAGGCACCGUCAAUCCCUGCGUGCGGGCUCUACGGUUCUAGCUGCUGGACCAUUUUGCUCGUGUUCGUGUUGCUACCGCUUUUCCCAUUGAGAUACUGUUUAACACUGCUGUUGUCCAGGCGCUAUAUUGCUGCACGUGUACCUUGGGUCCGGAGGGUUCGGUUUGCGGUAUACUUACGUGAUGUCGUCCCCUGUUGGGCGACGCCGGGGCGACGUCGGUAACAAGCAAGCCUCGUGAUCCGUGUUGAUUAAUUAUGGGACAGGAAUGCUGUUAGUGAAUGUUUUACGAAGCGCCGAUAAGAGGGCGAACUUUGCUUGCUAUGCUUCUUGGUCGUGUUGAGGCUCCACUGUUGUUAUGUGAUGCAGGCCGAUAGUUUCACAUGUAUGGCUGCACUUCUGGCAAUGUCUUUGAUAGAAUUGUUAAUGAGAAGGCUAUUCGCUUGUGCGUGCGUGGAAGACUUGUUUAGUUUAUUGAUAAAGUGCGUGAUGGACAGCGUGCGUGACUGGGCGGGGUUGUUUUUGACAAUCGCCGGUACAAUUAAGGCAGGGCUCCCUGCUUGCUUCAAUCAUGCUAUAUGGUAGGUGCAGGGUCUUAUUCCUGACGACGUGACGAGGCCUGCGUGUUACGUGAGAAGUGUCAUGAGAACUGACCGAGUUCGUCAACCUUGCUAUGUUUGGCAAAGGUUAAACUUGCUGCCUAAAAUGUGUUAUUUCUAGCUGCUGCUGCUACAUUGUUUGGUUCUGGCCUGCCCUUCCCUGUCCUGUCCUGUGCGUGGCUUUGGCUUGCUUUAGGGGCCUUUAGGUCACAGAUCAAGAGGCGUACGACAUAUCCAGCCGUCUUGUCCAGCCGUUUCGUAGGUUCGCGACGUGUUGUCUUUAUAUGGGCUUUGGGCGAAUUAUGCGUGCAAUGCCUGUUAACGUGAAGUCUGGCCACAUGGGCAACAUGGCUAGUGUUUGUGACGGUCGUUGGUAUUGGAGGGUGAUUGACCCGAGAGUGGUCGAGAGUGGUUGACCCGAAUGUCCUUUAGCCAGGAUUUGGUACUGUCAGAUUAUAACCUGCUAUGACCCUUCUUUGUUCUUUGUUUGCUGUCCAUUUCUUGCCAGAGUAGCCAACAUACAUGUCGUAUGUGCCUGCGCUCCUUUCUAUGUUUCUGGGUGCGGAUAAGGAAGACGUGUGGCAAUGAAGACAUUGAAUGGCUUUCUUGCUGCGAGCCAGGGCUCGUUAGGUAGUGCUAGUAUGCUAUGCGGAAGUAUCAUUGCCUUAGCAAUGGAGGCCUGGCGACUAGCUGUCUAACAACCAAGGGCUCGCAGUCGUGGCCCAUGUGCUCGUUUUGCGGUGAAUUGCAAGGGACGGUAGGUGAUUACCCUAGUCUGCUGGUUGUUUACCGUGUUCUGCGUGUUUUGUUGCCUUAAGUGUAUAGUAUUUUCCCGCCUAUCCAGGUAAUUGGAGACCGUAACUUGUGUUAAUGAUAUGGCAGACGGGCAGCCGGUGGGUAGGUGCUACAUUGCGGGCUGUUCGUCAAUCGAGUUUUAUGGAAGGAAGGCCACUGCGGUAUGGUUCGCUUAGAUGCUACUUCGAUACCGAACUGUUUAGACAAGAUUAAACUGGUAUGCUACUUCGAUACCGAACUUGUUUAGACAAGAUUAAACUGGUAUGCGUUUGCUUUGUCAAUUGGGGCUGAGGCUUUUUCCCGCCUUGACAAUUGGGGCCAGCAAUUCGCUGGCAAGGUGUCAAUUGGGGGCGUAAAAGCAGGGGGCUCGCCAAGCCAUGCCCAAACGGGGGCUUUUGGGGCGUUUGGCGCAUGUCAAUUUGGGCUAGAAGUUCGCUAACAGAAGGCCAAAUGGUGCAAAAACUACCUCCGUGUUGUCAAUUGGGGUGUGACAGUAUUCAAAACGCAUGUCAACAAUCGUAUAGGCAGUGCGGUGCACGAUGCGGCUAAUUUGUAGGUUUGCUUGGACGAUGGCCCGUUCCUACAAGCGCCGUGCCGUGACCUGCUGUGAUGACCUGGCGUCUGUUUGUGGUCUGGUGAUCAUCCGCCUUCAGCUUAGUAGGUUUCUGGAUAAACCUAUUUCUAUUUCUAUUUCCGGUCUUGUGUUUUGUAAAUUGGGGCUGGGUGUUUCAAUGGCCUUGUCAGUUGGGGCAAAACAUGCGCCGUCAAUUUGGUGCGUAUGAGCCUGUUGUGGAGAGUCCGGUUCGGGUUAGGGGCAUGCGAGCACGCACGAGUGGCAAAGGGGUAUAAUAGUACGAGUGGGCGCUUGAAAGUUCUCUCACUAGGGCUGCAUUCCAGUGUACCGUUCCUUCACCUGGUGCACGUUACCAUCAUAUGCCCUUGACGGCGGCUUUGUGGGAUAUUUGGUGUAUGUUGGGGCUAUAGAGGUUUGCUAACAGUAAAAUGGUUGGAAGUGUAUUUCCGUGUUGUCAAUUGGGAUUUUGGAAAAUCGUUUUUAAAAUGGGCAUUUCAAAAGUCGUAUGUUGUGUGUUGCCUAGCUACGUAACGGUUACGGAUAUGGUCUAAACGAACAGCGGGUGUACGUGUCCCGGUACGUGUUGUUGGGUCUGAUAGCUGUGACAAGCAGCCGUUAGGCUGGUUCACCACUUGGCCCGCCGGUUGAAUACCCGGACCAGACAUGAAUAAGCAAGAUCUUCGGCAUGUAUGCUUUGGCAUGGCCUCCGCUAUGUUCACAGAGCUCUUGUGUGCGCCUUUAUCAUUGCCAAGCAUGCUGUGUAGUAUUUCUACCAUGCAUCAAAGGGACACGUGUAACGUACGGUUCCAUGA